GUCUGCGAAAAACGCGAAAAAGUCCCCCUUUCUCAGCAUUUUCACGGCAUUUUUGUGUAUUGUCGAGGGUACUUUUGUAGCUUUGUGCACGAUGGAUCGCAACAUGAGGCCACGAGACCACAGAGAGUCGCCCCUUGCUUCCUCGGGGAGGCUUCCGGAGCCGAUCCGGGAGACUCACCACGAUGAACUAAUCAAGUACAUUCAAGAGGCUUGGACAAAGGUCAGCGAACAGGGCUCUCCAGUCCUCUACAAAAGUGUACCUGAAUCUCGACUUGCAAACUUCACACCGUUUGACCUGGAGAGCUGGUGGGGCCGAAGGAUGGUGCAGAAUGUCCAGAAGACGUGCCCACACCAAUAGAGGCGGCACGCCGUCGUUCGGAGCGUGGGAAAACAGACGAUUUCUUUGGAUUGAUUAUUCCACUGCACUUCUGGAGAGCAGAACCGAGAUUAACUGUUCUAUCUUGGAUAUAAUUUUAGGGAGAAAUAUCUUAUUUGUAUUCCAUAGUGGUCUGUAAGUAGCAUAAAACAUGCUAUUCAGGAGAAUCACACGAAAGAGACGCUACAUUUCCACAAUCUCACAGAGUUCUUUUGAAAUUUUGCACUGAUACAUUUCAAUAUAGAUUUGUAUCAUCCCCUCUAAAUCCCUUUGAAUUCAAAGUAUUACUGUUAUGACUCUAAAUUAUAUUUUAUUUUAUAUUUGACCAUUUUUUCGAAGAUGAAAUAAAGAUAAUCGUUCAUUUGA